AUGACCCACCCUGAAAUCAUGGAAAAAAAAGAGGAGGAUAUUAUGGGUUUCGUUCUUUCUCUCUCGUUUUCUCCGCGCUUUCCCUUCCAAGUUCCCACUCGUAUCUAUUUUGUUCGAUUCGAUCUUGGCGGACUGAAUGAGCUAAUGGAGUCUAAAGGAGGUAAAAAGAAGUCUAGUAGUAGUAGUAAUUCCUCAUCAUUAUUCUACGAAGCCCCCCUCGGAUACAGCAUCGAAGACAUUCGUCCAAACGGUGGAAUCAAGAAGUUCAGAUCAGCUGCUUACUCUAACUGCGCUCGCAAGCCAUCCUGA